AUGUUUAUGAUGUUAAUAAUCUACAACCUAUUUAUCUGUGGCUGUCUGCGGCAGGUUUUAACACAGAGUAAGCAGUUGCGCAGUGAGAGACCUGAUGUGGCGCCAGAAGCAGAGUUGGUUCAUUGGCGCAGACUCUUGGCAAAGUUUGCCAGUAUCUUGGAACACAGCAGGGCGCCGGAAUGUGUAACUUACAUCACCUUUCUACUGCAAGCUGAGUCUAAAGUGAUCAAGAAAUGGAAGUUUUUUGACAACUGGGUGACGUUCAGUGAGGCAGAGGCUUCCGACAAUGUCAAGUACCUGUACGCUCUACAGCAAUACUUGGAGCCACUCUAUAGAAUGUCCCCGGAGGAGAUGACCAAGUAUCUACCCAGUCUGUUGUACUCCAUCCGCAUGACUUACGCAAUGUCAAGGUUCUUCAACACAGCUGAGCGAAUCACCACAAUGUUGGUCAAGGUUACCAAUCAAAUGUUGAAUACGUGUCUGUUGUAUUUAACUGAAAAUAACACAAAGACGGUUUGGCAGCAGAAAAAAAGCGAUGUUAUCAGAAAGAUGUGUGUUUGCCUGAGGCUUUACAAGAGGUACCGUGAUGUGUAUUUUGAAACCAAAUUCAGAAUUGAAGAAGAUGAAGAUGAAACAAACUUGGAAGCUUCAGAAAUGUUUGUUUUUGGGAAGUUCAAAACUUUUAAAACUCGGCUGUACAAGCUGAGAGAUGUCCUAAAAACUGCCCUUCUGUACUCCAUACUAGAAAACUCUAAACUGGAAGGGAUCGAACUACAUUCGGCCAAGUUCAAAACCAUCUUUCAAAUAAUAUCUACCAAGCCCUACGAUGCUCUGAACCACCGCAAGCCUGAUUUUGAUAAAGACUACGACAUAUUCAAAAGUUCAAUAAGUAAAGCUGAAGUGGACCUGAGACAUUUCAAAGAGAAUAGUUUGUCUGCUUGUCCAGAUCUUCUUAACCGCUUGCUUUUGAUGAAAAGAUUUCAAAAAUUGCAUUUACCAGCCCUGGAAAUGGAACAGUCAUAUGAUGAAGCAAUGUCUCUCUUCUAUAAGGAGCUGAAUUACAUUUAUGACUAUUAUUUUGAAAACAAAAGUGUACCUGCCAUUCCCAGGAACAGUCCCCCCGUAACUGGGUCCAUUGCUUGGUUUCGACAAAUCAAUAAGAGGGUGGAAGAAAUUAUGGCUAUGUUUGAGGAAGAUGGAGCUACAGCUCUUGAGACUGAAUUAGGAAUGAAGUGUUCAAAUGUCCUUGAAGAGCUUCAGCUGGACUUAGCCUACGAAGAAGAGAUCCACCACAGAGGGUGGUAUGAGUGCAUGAUGAAGGUCCAAACUUGUCUGAGUGUGCCACUGUUGAAAGUUGGGGACAAACCAGGCUCUUACAAGCUGAACUUCCAUUUGUCCAUCAUGGAAGUGUUCUUAGAGACGGAGAACUUCCUGAGAAUGCAGAAAGCUGUUCCGGACUUGGCAUUGCUGAUUCUGAUCUGUCGACCGAGAAUUUUCUUUGCUCUGGAGGAAGUUAAGGCUUUGGUUGCUCGCAAUAUUGAAAUUAGGAGGAACGUGUGUCCGAUAUUUGUGAACCUGAUUCAGUCGCAGAUGAUGCGGCUUGACGAAGCCUUCUUGCCUUGUCUGAGCAACAUAUCCUGGACAUCUCUCACCAUCCCUCAGAUGUUGGCUGGCAUCAAAGAAACACUAGACUCUGUGGAUAUGUUCUGUAAAGAGGUAAACGACAUGAAAGAAGCCCGUGUGGACGACACGUUGGAGAUUAUCGGAGAGCAAAUGUUGCUGUUGAUUCCUCCGCAAGCAAUGGAGGCUCACGAGUGGUACAUAGAAAACCAGACCCAUGCUGUGAUGGUGUCUAGGGAAUUGCAAACCAGGUCUCAGACAGCUGAGGAGGCUGUUAUAGAGUUGAUCAAUAAAUUUGUAAGUUCUGUCGAGGAUCCCAACAUCGACCAGGAGGAGAAAUACAACUGGUUGGAUAUGAACAAAGUAAACAGACCAGUGUUUGCCAUCAAACCUCGUGGAGCAGCAGACGACGGAGAAGAGUACAAGAAAGAUACAACAGAGUAUACAAUUGAGGAUUUGAAAGCCGAUUGCAUGGAUGUGUACAGUUAUUUCAAUCGUAAAAAUAUGGAUUCAAUAACCAAAGCGACGAGAAACACUUUGAAAAGUCUCAGAGACCGUGCAGGUACUUCCAGUGGCGUGGUCAGGUAUGAGCACUACAAGAACGACCCUGACUACAUCUAUCCGUUGUUAGUGGCUGAGAUUGUUCUGCACAUCCCCAAUGUAGUGAUUGUUCCGACCCUGGACCAGAUGCAAGGAUACUUCUCCAAGAUCACCAAGUCUGUGUUGUCGAUCAUAUGUUCGGUGCCUCAGUGGGGUCUGGGUGCCGCACAACUCGCUCAGAGGACCAAGUCCAGACAUGGUGCCACCAAGAGUGUUGUAGUAGAGUUAGUGUCCAGUAUUGAGUCUGACAGUAGUAAUAUGGAAGGUCGCAGAGACUACUUAAAACAGGUGAUGGAGAAUAAAGAGGUGAUACGACUGACCAUCGCACUGCAAGGCAUCAUACUGCUCAUAAAACCGGACGUCACCAAACUGUUGAAGACUUAUCAGAAGUACUCUUAUCUUUGGUCAGAAAAGCGCAACGAUCAGAUGAAUGGGUUUGUUGAUUCCCAGCCCCACACAAUUGUGAUUGAAGACAAGUUUGCAAAACUGGAAAAAUCUUUGAAAGAUAUUGAAGAGAUUUCAAGCAUGAAUAUUCUUGGUCCUCUUGAGAUGCUUACAACUCAGUUGAAAUUGGCUCUCAAAGUGGAAUGGAAAGAUUGGAAACUAACACUAUCAAAUCUGUUUCUCAACGCUUAUCGCAAGAAGUUAUCCGAACUUUGGGAUUUUAUGGAGGAGAAAAAAGAAAUUCUGCUCAAGAAGCCAGUUAAAGAUCUAGAUGAGGUGAGAUUAGCAAUGGCUUGCCUUGAUGCCAUCCGAGGAAACUUUAUCAGAUUGGAUAGAGAGUUGAGUGCAAUUGAGGAAGCUUACGCAAUAUUUGCUAAGUUCAACAUAAAAGUUCCACCCGAAGAUAUUGAGAAAGUAGAUGGACUGCGGUUCAACUUUGAAAACUUGAUCCAAUAUUCCAAAGACAUGCAAGAGUCGUUGUGUGCCAGCCAAGGCCCGCUGCAAGAUGAGUUGAUUGCCAAAGUAGCUUUAUUCGCUGCCGAAGUAGAGAAGUUUGACAUUGACUUUGAGACUGACGGACCCAUGGUGGAUGGUCUUGAGGCGAAAGAGGCCAGCGACAGGGUGUUGCUGUUCCAAGGCCGAUUCGACGAGCUUUGGCGGAACUAUGAGGUGUUGAGUAGUGGAGAGAAGUUGUUUGGCAUGCCUGUACACGACUACCCUGUGCUCAUCGAGCGGAAGAAACAAUUCAACCUGCUACAGAAACUGUACGGGCUUUAUCUGAUUGUGAACAAGGCGAUUGACGGUUACUUUGAACUGGCCUGGCAAGACGUCAACAUUGAGGAGAUCAUGUCAGAGUUGACAGACUUCCAGAACAGGUGCCGAAAGCUGCCUAAAGGACUCAAGGAUUGGCCGGCGUUUAUAGAGCUGAAAAAGAAAAUAGACGACUUCAACGAGUGCUGCCCUCUACUAGAGAUGAUGGCUAACAAGUCAAUGAAGGAGAGACAUUGGCUGAGACUUGAGAAACUGCUGGGAGUCGUGUUUGAUGUGGAGAAUGAUGAGUUUACGUUGAAAAUGGUCAUGGACGCUCCACUGCUCAAGUACAAAGAUGAUGUUGAGGACAUUUGUCUCAGUGCCCUAAAGGAGAGAGACAUUGAAGCCAAACUGAAAGAAGUAAUAGCAAACUGGGAAAGUGUAAUAUUGCAGUUCUCUACUUUCAAAACACGAGGGGAACUAUUACUAAAGGGAACAGAAACCCAAGAAAUCAACAGUCUCAUAGAGGAAAGUCUUAUGGUCAUGAACUCACUGGCAGCAAACAGAUACAACGCUCCUUUCAAGAAAGAAAUUCAGCUGUGGGUUUGGAAGCUCGGUACGACAGCGGAAAUUUUGGAAACAUGGCUUGUCGUGCAGAAUCUCUGGGUGUAUUUGGAAGCGGUGUUUGUCGGUGGUGAUAUUGCCAAGGAAUUGCCUGGCGAAGCGAAAAGGUUCGCAAGCAUCGACAAAUCUUGGGUUCGCAUCAUGACCCGGGCCAGACAGAUCGCAAAUGUGAUUGAGGUGUGUGUCGGGGACGAAAUGAUGGGACAACUUCUCCCCCAUUUAAGAGAGCAGCUAGAAACAUGUCAGAAGUCCCUUACUGGCUAUCUAGAGCAGAAGAGGUUGAUAUUUCCACGGUUCUUCUUUAUUUCUGAUCCGGCCCUGCUGGAAAUCCUGGGGCAGGCUUCGGACUCCCACACGAUCCAAGCGUAUUUGGAAGGAGUUUUUGAGAACGUUUACAGAGUGGAGUUUGAUGAGAAAGAAUACGAUAAAAUAAUAUCUAUAAUUUCUCGGGAAAAGGAGAAAAUUCAGUUGGAAAAGGAAGUUUGGUGUCAUGGAGGUGUGGAGAAUUGGCUGGGUAAUCUGCUAGCUCAAGCUAAGCUAUCACUGCAGACUGUGAUUGCCAAUGUGUAUGCAUACAUGCAAGAGCCAGAGUUUACAGUACUGGAUAUGGUGUCAAGGUAUCCUGCGCAGGUCGGACUGUUGGGGCUCCAAAUGUUAUGGACGAGAGAUUCAGAGUUUGCCCUGCAGAAUUGCAAAUAUGACAAGUCACUGAUGAGGAAGACCAAUGAUAACUGGCUGCUUCUUCUAAAUCAGCUGAUUGAUCAGACCGCUUUGGACUUGGCUAAGUUUGAAAGAGUAAAAUAUGAAACUUUGGUCACAAUCCAUGUGCAUCAGAGAGACAUAUUUGAUGAUCUGUACCGAAUGAAGAUUCGAUCUAAAGAUGACUUUGAAUGGCUGAAGCAAGAAAGAUUUUAUUUCAAUGAGGAAACAGACGAAUGUAUCGUCCACAUCACCGAUGUUGUGUUUACGUACCAGAACGAGUUCAUGGGUUGUACAGAACGUUUAGUGAUCACUCCACUAACAGACAGAUGCUACAUAACCCUUGCUCAAGCAAUAGGCAUGUCCAUGGGAGGGGCCCCUGCAGGUCCAGCUGGUACUGGGAAGACCGAGACUACCAAAGACAUGGGCAAAUCUCUUGGCAAAUAUGUGGUUGUCUUCAACUGCUCUGACCAGAUGGACUUUAGGGGUCUCGGCCGUAUCUACAAAGGGUUGGCACAGUCAGGUUCGUGGGGAUGUUUUGAUGAGUUCAACCGCAUAGAGCUGCCUGUGUUGUCAGUAGCAGCUCAGCAGAUACACAUCGUGUUGACUGCUCGGAAAGAACGAAAAACCACGUUCUUGUUCAGUGAUGGGGACACUGUGACGUUGAACCCAGAGUUUGGGUUGUUCAUCACCAUGAACCCGGGGUACGCAGGUCGUCAAGAACUUCCGGAGAAUCUUAAGAUCAUGUUCCGCAGCGUGGCUAUGAUGGUGCCAGACAGACAGAUCAUAAUGAGAGUGAAACUGGCGUCGUGCGGGUUCAAAGACAACGUUCCGUUGGCCAGGAAGUUCUUUGUGCUUUACAAGCUGUGCGAGGAACAACUCAGCAAACAGCGACAUUACGACUUCGGCCUUCGCAACAUCUUGUCCGUACUGAGGACUCUGGGAGCUCAGAAGAGAGCAAACCCAAGUGAUACAGAGGACACCACAGUCAUGAGAGUGUUGAGAGACAUGAAUGUAUCCAAGCUGGUAGAUGAGGACGAGCCGCUGUUCCUGUCUCUCAUUGAGGACUUGUUUGUUGGACUGAAGUUGACGACCAGCGUGUACAAAGACCUUCAGAAGGGAAUAGCUAGUGCAUGCAAUGAGAAGAACCUCGUCAAUCAUCCACCGUGGAACCUCAAAAUCAUUCAGUUGUAUGAGACCUCCUUGGUAAGACAUGGUCUGAUGACCCUAGGGCCUACAGGCGCUGGCAAGACUAAGUGUAUUGAGGUGUUGAUGAGAGCCUUGACGGAGUGUGGUCGUCCACACAAGGAGAUGAGGAUGAACCCUAAGGCUAUCACAGCUCCACAAAUGUUUGGGAGGUUGGAUGCCGCCACCAAUGAUUGGACUGACGGGAUAUUUUCUACUCUAUGGCGUCGUUCACACAAGAUCAAACAGAGUGAAUACGUCUGGAUAGUACUGGAUGGCCCAGUUGACGCUGUGUGGAUUGAAAACCUCAACUCUGUAUUGGACGACAACAAGACACUGACUCUGGCCAACGGAGAUCGUAUAGUGAUGGCUCCAAACAGUAAACUGGUCUUUGAGCCUGACAACCUGGACAAUGCCUCGCCUGCCACAGUCAGCCGCAUGGGUAUGGUGUUUAUGUCUGCCUCCGUAUUGAGUUGGCAGCCUGUACUGGACGGCUGGCUGAAACUGCGAUCACAAAGAGAAGCCGACGUUCUACGCCAGCUCUUCCACAAAAUAUACGGAGACCUUCACACAUUCGUACAGACCAAGCUGGUCGCCAAGAUGAAAAUCCUCGAAGCUCUCUACAUCAGACAAGCCACAGACCUUUUGACUGGACUGCUACUUAGCGAAGAUGAACACAAAACCUUCUCCGAUCUCCACUUGGAAAGACUCUUCCUGUUUACGCUCAUGUGGAGUCUUGGCAGUGUUUUGGAGAAUGAUGAACGUAUGAAAAUGGAAGAAUUCAUUUUGCAACAUCCGUCCAAACUGAAGUGGCCCAAGUUGAAAGAAGGAGAGACAAUAUUCGAGUAUGUUGUCGCCGAGACAGGGGAUUGGCAGCAUUGGUCGGAGCGUGUGGAGGAAUACGUUUAUCCGCCAGACUCAGUACCGGAGUACUCAAGUAUACUUGUGCCUAAUGUAGACAAUGUGCGUACGGCGUUCCUCAUACACACGAUCGCCAAGCAGUGCAAAGCUGUUCUUCUGAUUGGUGAACAAGGUACAGCGAAAACUGUUAUGAUAAAGAGUUACAUGGCUGGAUAUGACCCGGAAGUUCAACUCAGUAAAAGUCUCAACUUUUCCUCUGCUACAACUCCAAACAUGUUUCAGAGGAUUGUUGAGAGCUACGUAGAGAAGCGAGUGGGCUCCACUUACGGCCCUCCCAACAACCGUAAGAUGACGGUGUUCAUUGACGACAUCAACAUGCCAGUGGUGAACGAAUGGGGGGACCAGGUGACCAAUGAGAUUGUCCGGCAGAUGAUGGAGAUGGUUGGCUUCUACUCUCUAGACAAACCCGGCGAGUUCCUUACCAUCAAAGACAUUCAGCUGUUGGCAGCCAUGAUUCACCCUGGGGGUGGGAGAAACGACAUCCCUCCUCGACUGAAGCGCCAGUUUUGCAUCUUCAACUGUACUUUGCCCUCGGACAAGUCCAUGGAUAAGAUAUUCAGUGUGAUUGGCGAGGGCUACUUUUGUCUGACCCGUUUCCAAGAGGAGAUCGUAGAGUUCCUGCCUCGCCUUGUACCACUCACCCGUAUGGUCUGGCAACAGACGAAGGUGAAGAUGUUACCGACUCCAGCGAAGUUCCAUUACAUCUUCAACCUCAGGGAUCUCUCCCGCAUAUGGGAGGGAAUAUUGAAAAUACAGGAGGCUGAGUGUCCCAACGCUACGAUGCUUCUCAAGUUGUGGCGACACGAGUGCUACAGAGUUAUUGCGGACAGGUUUACAAAUGAAGCGGACACAAAAUGGUUUUCAAACAACCUCCUGAACACGACUGUUGCUUACCUUGGGGAAGAUGCUCACCUGUUUGAUGAUAGUGAAACAUAUUUUGUCGAUUUUCUGAGAGACAUUCCCGAGCCUACUGGUGAUGAACCUGAUGACUUUGUCUUGGAAGCUCCCAAGAUAUAUGAAGAAAUACCGAGUUGGGAGUCGCUGAGAGAGAAGCUGCUGACGUACAUGGUGCAGUACAACGAAUGUGUGCGAGGAAUGGCCAUGGACCUUGUGUUCUUCAAGGACGCGAUGAUUCACCUGAUGAAGAUAUCCAGGAUCAUCAGGACGGCUCGGGGCAACGCCAUGCUGGUCGGGGUGGGCGGCUCAGGCAAACAGAGUCUCACAAGACUGGCGUCUUUCAUAGCCAACUAUCAGACACACCAGAUAACACUGACCAGAUCCUAUAAUGUCGGGAAUUUUAUGGAUGACUUGAAAUUCCUCUAUCAAGUAUCCGGAGUUCAAGGGAAAGGAAUUACUUUCUUAUUCACAGACAAUGAUGUCAAGGAAGAAGCGUUCCUAGAGUUCCUAAAUAACGUCCUGAGCGCUGGAGAAGUGGCCAAUCUAUUUGCAAAAGAUGAACUGGAUGAAAUCACCAAUGAGUUAGUGCCAGUAAUGAAGAGGAAGCAACCAAAAAGGCCACCAACACGAGACAAUCUUUACGACUUCUUUAUUUCAUCUGCUCGAAAUAAUCUCCACAUCGUAUUGUGUUUUUCACCGGUUGGUGAGAAAUUCCGCUCCAGAUCAAUGAAGUUCCCUGGAUUGAUCUCAGGCUGUACGAUGGACUGGUUCUCGCGAUGGCCCAAAGACGCGUUAAUAGCUGUGUCGAGUCACUUCCUCAAGAACUUCGCCAUUGUCAGCUCACCCAGUGUUAAGGAUUCACUUAUUGACGUCAUGGCCGAAGUUCAGGACAUUGUGGCUGACACUUGCGUCCAGUAUUACAACAAAUUUCGGCGACAGUCGUUUGUGACACCCAAGUCGUUCCUCUCGUUUCUCGACGGGUACAAAGGCAUAUACAAGCAGCGGCUGGCAGACAUUGAGGUGAUGGCAAAGCAGAUGAAUGUCGGCCUUGAGAAGCUGAAGGAGGCAGCCAUUAGUGUGGAAGAGCUGAGUGUGGAUCUAGCUGAGAAGGAGAAGGACAUUGCAGUCGCAACUUCUAAAGCUGAAGAGGUGUUGGCGGAUGUGACAGUAGUGGCCACAGCCGCUGAGAGAGUGAAGGCAGAAGUGGAAGAGGUGAAGGACAAAGCUACGGCCAUUGUCAGGGAGAUAGAAGCUGAUAAGGCUGUCGCCGAGGAGAAACUAGAGGCUGCCAGACCUGCUCUGGAGGAGGCUGAAGCCGCGUUGCUGACCAUCAAGUCAACUGACAUUGCCACUGUGAGGAAACUUGGCAAACCGCCAUACCUCGUCACCCUAAUCAUGGAUGUUGUUUUGAUCCUGUUUCAACGUAAAGUCGACCAAGUUAGGCCCGAUCCCGAGAAGAACUUUCUGUUCCCUAAUUGGGCUGAGUCGUUGAAGGUAAUGGCGGACACUCGGUUUCUGUCGAACCUUCAGAACUUUCCGAAGGACAAGAUCACUGGCGAAAUGGUUGACUUGAUGUUGCCCUACUUGGACAAUCCUCUCUACACGUACGAUAAUGCCAAAGUGGCUUGUGGCAAUGUAGCUGGUCUACUGCAGUGGACCACUGCCAUGAAGUCCUUCUACAAUGUCAACAAAGAUGUUCUGCCUCUCAAGGCAAACCUUGCAAUACAACAAAACAGGUUCAACAUUGCGUCCAAAGAGUUGGCAGAAGCUGAGAAAAUGCUUGCGGCCAAAGAAACUGAACUUUCAGCAGCACAAAAACUGUUUGACACUGCCAUGGCCUCAAAACAGGUUGUGUUGGAUGUUGCCAAUAAAGUCAAGUCAAAAAUGGAUGCAGCUUCUGCGUUGAUCAACGGUUUGUCAGGAGAACAGGUGAGGUGGACGGAGCAGUCGCAGAUGUUCAAGGCGGAGACUGAUCGUCUAGUAGGAGAUGUCGUGUUACUCACCGGCUUCCUAUCAUACACUGGUCCGUUCAACCAGGAGUUCCGCACAUUGCUGAACACUACCUGGUACAAUCAACUGGUCAGUCGCAGCAUACCUGUGACCCCCAACCUGAAUCUGACUGAGAACCUAGUGGACACUCCGACUAUCGGGGAAUGGAACCUACAGGGGCUACCGAGUGAUGAGCUGUCUAUACAAAACGGCAUCAUUGUGACCAAAGCAGCCAGGUUCCCUCUGCUCAUAGAUCCCCAGAGUCAAGGCAUCGCGUGGAUCAAAAAUAAGGAGAAGGAGAACAACUUGCAGGUGACAUCCCUAAAUCACAAAUAUUUCCGCAACCAUAUUGAAGAUUGUCUGUCUCUCGGACGACCUAUGCUUAUUGAGGACGUCCUUGAAGAAUUAGACCCUGCUCUUGACAAUGUGCUAGAGAAAAACUACAUCAAAGUAGGAACUGCUCUAAAAGUCAAAGUGGGUGACAAGGAAAUGGAUGUUAAUAAAGAUUUCCGGCUCUACAUCACUACUAAGCUAGCAAACCCCGCGUACUCCCCAGAGAUAUCUGCAAGAACCAACAUAAUUGACUUUACUGUCACAAUGAAAGGCUUGGAGGACCAGCUGUUGGGUCGGGUGAUUUUAACAGAGAAGAAAGAACUGGAGUUUGAAAGGACCUCGUUGAUUCAGGACGUUACAGCUAACAAACGGAAGAUGAAGGAAUUAGAGACUAAUCUUCUGUACAAGUUGACGACAGUGCAAGGAUCCCUAGUGGAUGAUGAGAGUGUGAUAGCAGUAUUGAACGUAACUCAGACAACGGCUGCAUCAGUCCGUGAGAAGCUGAAGAUUGCCGCAGCAACAGAAGCUAAAAUCAACACAGCUCGAGAGGAAUUCAGACCUGUAGCUACUCGUGGAAGCAUCCUUUACUUUCUCAUUGUAGACAUGUCCAUGGUAAACUGCAUGUACCAAACGUCUCUAGUCCAGUUUCUAGAGAGGUUUGACAUUUCGAUGGCGAAGUCCGAGAAAAGUUUGGUCGCUCAGAAGCGAAUUAAUUUCAUAAUAGACUACCUCACUUAUGAAGUGUUCAAAUACAAGUGCCGAGGGUUGUACGAAAGUCACAAGUACAUGUUCACACUGUUGCUCACUAUGAAAGUGGACUUGCAGAGAAAAGCUAUAACGCACGAAGAGUUUCAGAACUUUAUCAAAGGAGGUUCUGCACUGGACUUGAAUGCUUGUCCGGCCAAACCGUGUAAAUGGAUAACGGAUUCUGUUUGGCUCAAUUUGGUCCAGCUGUCAACCCUGCCACAUUUCAAGUUUAUCUUGAAUCAAGUACCUCAGAGUGAAAAGUAUUGGAAGGUUUGGUUUGACAAGCCUGCACCGGAAGAGGAACCCAUGCCCGAUGGGUAUGAAGCUUUGGACCCGUUCAGAAGACUGCUCAUGGUGAGAGCCUGGUGCCAAGAUAGAACUCUGGCACAGUCUAAGAAAUAUGUCGCCUCGAGUAUGGACACUCGGUACACAGAGCCUGUGAUCCUCAACAUUGACGUGCUGUGGUCAGAGUCGAGACCUUUGACUCCGAUGAUUGGGCUACUCAGCAUGGGCUCAGACCCCACACCACUGAUAGAGAGCGCUGCUAAACGUCACGAGUUUGAGUGCAAAUCUAUCUCCAUGGGACAAGGACAGGAGGUGCACGCGAGGAAGUUGGUCGCCAACUUUAAGGAAAAUGGUGGCUGGGUAUUGCUGCAGAACUGUCAUCUGGGCAUUGACUACAUGAGUGAGCUGUUCAUGUUACUGGCCGAGGCAGACAAUGUCCACCCAGAUUUCCGGGUGUGGAUAACCACAGAGCCUCACUUGAGGUUCCCCAUAUCUCUACUGCAGAUAUCGAUCAAAUUCACCAAUGAACCGCCUCAAGGUAUCAGAGCCGGCCUGUUGCGGACGUACGGCAACAUGAGUCAGGAUCUCUUGGACUACAGUGGAGCUCAACAGUAUCUGCCCAUGAUAUACGCUCUGUCCUUCCUACACACAGUGGUGCAGGAAAGACGCAAAUUUGGACCGCUCGGAUGGAACAUACCGUACGAGUUCAACUACUCGGACUGGUACGCUUCAACAUUGUUUAUACAGAAUCACUUGGAUGACAUCGACCCCAAGAUUGGAAUAAGUUGGAAUACUGUCAGAUACAUGUUGGGAGAGGUGCAGUACGGAGGAAGAGUGACGGAUGACUAUGACAAGAGACUGCUCAACACAUUCACCAAAGUGUGGUUCUCAGAGGCAAUGUUUGCAGAAGACUACCGCUUCAACACUGGCUACGGAAUAUUGGUGUAUAGGAAUCUGAAUGAGUAUUUGGAAGCUAUCGAUAACAUGAGUCCAACUGAUCCCCCUCAAGCUUACGGGCUUCACCCCAAUGCGGACAUAACGUACCAGAGCAACACCACCACAGCACUGUUGGACACCAUCAUGUCUAUACAGCCGAAGGAGUCGGGUGGAGCAGAGGGGGGAGAGUCUAGAGAGAGUGUUGUGACUAGGCUGGCACAAGAGAUGCUCAGUAAGCUGCCCAAGGACUAUGACCCGUUUGAGGUCAAAGAAAGACUAAAGAAAAUGGACGCUCUUAAUUCUCUGAAUAUAUUUUUGCGACAAGAAAUUGAUUGGAUGCAGAAAGUUAUUACCGUGGUGAGAAAAACUCUGAAAGAACUGCUGCUGGCAAUUGAAGGCACUAUAAUCAUGAAUGAGCAACUGCGAAACGCUCUGGACAGUAUUUACGACGCUAGAGUGCCCGACAGCUGGAAGCGUGACUCCUGGGCCUCGUCAACGUUAGGCUUCUGGUACACAGAGCUACAGGAACGCAACACUCAGUUCUCCAACUGGGUGUUUGUCAAACGUCCUCCACAGUUCUGGAUGACUGGCUUCUUCAACCCCCAAGGGUUCCUGACGGCCAUGAGACAAGAGGUAGCCAGGGCACACAAGGGGUGGCCUCUGGACUCUGUCACUUUACACAACGAAGUGACAAAGUACAGCAAAGAGGAGAUCAGGCAGCCUCCACCAGAAGGAGUGUAUGUAUACGGACUGUACUUGGAUGGAGCUGGGUGGGAUAAGAAGAACAAUCGACUGACAGAGUCUUCGCCGAAGGUCCUGUCAGUGAUGAUGCCUGUGGUGCAUCUGUUUGCCAUCAACAGCACUGCUCCCAAGGACCCUAAACUGUAUCAGUGUCCUGUGUAUAAAAAACCAAACCGCACUGACCUGACGUUCAUCACUCCUCUUUGGCUUCAGUGCAAGUUCACACCUGAACAUUGGAUAUUGAGAGGCGUGGCUCUACUGUGUGACAUCAAAUAAAUGAUACGUCUAAAAAUGUAAAUCAAAUAAAUGUAACGUCAACAUAACACAUUUGAAAUAUGUUUGACUAAAUGAGAUUAAUCUAUCUACUUAGUACUUAGCAUUCGAUCUUUUGUCGUAAAUUAAAUUG